GGAGCAAAGAGGAAAAGAGAGAGAGAGUGAGAGAGAGAGAGCGCAAACACAAGGAUAGCAGGCUUGACAUAUACAUAAUCGCAGUGAACAAACAGAAAUCCUAAUGCCAGAGAAAGACAGACGAAGCCAGUGAGAGAAGAAGGUCACCUCUAGAGCAGUGAAGGAACGGGGGUCAUACCUGAAGACUGAACUCUGGAAGUCUGUAAAUGGGAAAUCAGGAGGUCCUACUUUAAACAGAAGAAGACAUUUUGAUGCCACACCACUGAAAGACGACCAGGGAACACACAGCAUUACUGAGAGUCACAAUGGAGAAACUCUCGGAAAAAGAGAAAGGUCUGAUCCGGGACAGCUGGGAGAGUCUGGGGAAGAACAAGGUGCCACAUGGAAUUGUUCUGUUCACAAGGUUAUUUGAGCUGGAUCCAGCACUACUUACUCUCUUCAGCUACAGCACAAAUUGUGGAGUUGCACCUGAAUGCCUCUCCAGCCCAGAGUUUCUUGAACACGUCACCAAGGUGAUGCUAGUGAUCGAUGCAGCUGUGAGCCAUCUUGAUGACCUACAUACAUUGGAGGACUUCUUGUUGAACCUGGGCAGGAAGCACCAGGCAGUUGGGGUGAAGACUCAGUCCUUCACUUUGGUUGGAGAGUCCCUGCUUUAUAUGCUUCAGUCCAGCCUGGGUCCAGCUUACACGACACCACUGCGCCAGGCUUGGCUCAAUAUGUACAGCAUCGUGGUAUCAGCCAUGACCAGAGGCUGGGCCAAGAAUGGCGAACAUAAGUCCAACUGAGAAGGAGGUAGAUGUGAGAUUCACACUGGAGGUCACAAACUAACUUCUCAAAAAUCCUUUCGAAAAGUAAGGGGCUGGGAUAUGGGACCACCAUUGGGAAAAUCAGUG